AUGGCUGAUGAUGAUGUACACAUUCCCAAUGAUGAUGUACAAAUGGCUGAGGAGGAAGAGGAUGAUGUUGGAGUUCAAAAGAAUAAUGAUAAUGCUGUUGUUACUCCAGAUGUCAUUGACAACAAUGAAGAUGGACCAGAUGCUGAUGCAGGUAUAAAUGUUGUCAAUCUUGAUGAUUUGUCUGAUAGUGAUUUUGUGGCUAAUGUGAACCCUAGCAUAACAAAAAGCCUCAUGACAAGAAGAGGGAAGAAGGUUGUUGAUCAAAGUCCUCCCAAGAGGAAAGUUGUCCUUAAAAGCACCUCUGGCCCUAUCAAGAGGAAAGUUCCAAAGAGUACCUCAACUGGACCCAUCAGAAGUAAAGCUGUGUCCCAAAGUACCCCCACUGGACCUGCUAAGAGUAAGGUUGUGCCUAAGAGCACCUCUGUUGGCCCUACCAAAUCCUGGAGCAAGGUUGUUCCCAAGAAAAGGAAUGCUCAAGUUAUUGCAGAAUCAGAUUAUGAUGUUGCUAUGGAUGUUCAAGACACUCCAUUGAAGAAGAAACCAACCACUGGCAAGCUUGCUGCUACUGUUCCCGAGGUGACUAUUGAUAAUGUCUCUUUUCACUAUCCUUCUAGUGUCAACAGGUGGAAGUAUGUGUACCAGAAGAGGCUGGCCUUGGAGAGGGAGUUGGCUCAGAAUGCCCUUGAGUGUAAGGAGAUCAUGGACCUGAUUAAUGAAGCAGGGUUAAUGAAGACUGUAACUCAUUUCUCUAAGUGUUAUGAGAUUCUAGUGAAGGAGUUUAUUGUGAAUCUAUCAGAAGACUGUGCUGAUAGAAAGUCAAAAGAUUUUAGGAAAGUGUAUGUGUACGGAAAGUGUGUCACAUUCUCCUCAACUGUUAUAAACAACUAUCUGGGAAAAUCUGAUGAAACUCAACCUGAGUUGGAGGUGUCUGACAACAAAGUAUGUGAGGUCAUCACUGCUAAGCAGGUGAAAAGCUGGCCCCUAAAGGGAAAACUUUCUGCAAGCAAGCUCAGCAUAAAGUAUGCCAUGCUACACAAGAUUGGAGCUGUUAACUGGGUGCCCACAAACCACAAGUUAACUGUUGCCACUGUCCUGGGAAAGUUUAUAUAUGUAGUUGGAACCAAGAUAAGGUUUGAAUAUGGUACUUACAUCUUUGAUCAGACUAUGAAGCAUGCAGGCAGUUUUAGUGUGAAAGGUCCUAUUGCCUUCCCAUCGAUUAUAUCAGGUAUCAUUUUGAAUCAGUACCCUAACAUUUUAAAUGAAAAUGACUCUGUCUGCAAGAGAGAAAGUACCAUGUCCUUCAACUACAAGCUGUUUCAAGGAACCCAUGUUCUAGACAUGGUCAUGACUUCUGCUGAGACAUCCAAGGAAACCUCAAAGACAAGCAAAGCUGAAGUAAUAGCAAUGCUCAGAGAAAUUGAUGAUGAUAGCUCAAAUGGCUAUGAGUCUGAUGACUAG